UAUCCAUAACCACGAGGAAGGACAAGAUCGAAGACUCACCUUUGAGACACAACACAACACAGUAUACAAAAGCAGGAACAAGAAAAUGGCUACGGUCUUUUCUGUAGGUUCAGGAUGUUCUUUUCUUCUUCACAGCAGGGGCUUCUCCUUAUUACCCAAAGGGCCACUCCUUCACCUCAAAAGGCCUCUCUCUGCUGUUAACUGUGUUGCUUCUUUGGGAACUGAGAUAUCAGUGCCUGCAGCGGUUGACACCUUCUGGAAGUGGCUGAAGGAAGAAGGUGUUGUCUCUGGCAAGACACCAGUGAAGGCUGUUGUGGUGCCAGAAGGCUUGGGACUGGUUGCACUCAAAGACAUUUCAAAGAAUGAGGUUGUUUUGCAGGUUCCCAAGAGGCUAUGGAUAAACCCAGAUGCAGUGGCAGCUUCAGAGAUUGGGAAUUUGUGCAGUGGGUUGAAGCCAUGGUUGGCUGUUGCACUUUUUUUGAUAAGAGAGAGGUCAAGGGAUGAAUCACUUUGGAAGCAUUACUUCAGUAUUCUGCCUGAGGAAACUGAUUCUACUAUAUAUUGGUCAGAGGAGGAGCUCUCGGAGCUUCAAGGUACUCAACUUCUGAAGACAACACUGGGUGUGAAAGAGUAUGUGAAGAAUGAAUUUCUGAAAUUGGAAGAAGAAAUCAUACUCCCUAAUAAGAAGUUUUUCCCUUCUCCUAUAACACUGGAUGACUUCUACUGGGCAUUUGGAAUUCUCAGAUCAAGAGCAUUUUCUCGCCUUCGCAAUGAAAAUCUAGUUGUGAUUCCACUAGCGGACUUGAUAAACCACAGUGCCAGUGUAACUACAGAAGAUCAUGCUUAUGAAAUUAAAGGAGCAGCAGGCCUUUUCUCUUGGGAUUACCUAUUUUCCCUAAGGAGUCCCCUUUCUGUCAAGGCAGGGGAACAGAUAUACAUCCAAUAUGAUUUAAACAAAAGCAAUGCCGAGUUAGCUCUGGACUACGGUUUCAUUGAACCAAAUGCAGACCGUAAUGCAUAUACCCUGACACUGGAGAUAUCUGAGUCAGACCCCUUUUUUGGUGACAAAAUAGACAUUGCUGAGUCCAAUGGUUUUGGGGAGACAGCAUACUUUGACAUCUUCUACAACCGUCCACUUCCACCAGGGUUGCUUCCAUAUCUGAGACUAGUAGCUUUAGGUGGUACUGAUGCUUUCCUAUUGGAAUCACUAUUCAGAAACUCCAUCUGGGGUCAUCUUGAAUUGCCUGUGAGCCGUGACAAUGAGGAGCUAAUAUGCCGAGUGGUUCGAGAGGCCUGCAAAUCUGCCAUUGCUGGUUAUCAUACAACCGUUGAAGAGGAUCACAAGUUGAAAGAAGCAAAUCUAGAUUCAAGGCUUGCAAUAGCGGUUGGAAUAAGAGAAGGGGAGAAGAUGCUCCUGCAGAAAAUUGAUGAGAUCUUCAAGGAGAAGGAAUUGGAAAUGAACCAAUUAGAAUAUUAUCAAGAAAGGAGGCUCAAGGACCUUGGACUUUGCGGAGAAAAUGGUGAUAUCCUUGGUGACCUUGGAAAAUUCUUUUAAUCUCGGAGGCAAUAGUUGCACUCGUUAAGGAGACACUACUGUCUAGUGUCUACAUUUCGGAAGGACGAGAAAACAGAACACUUCGGUAAAUCAUAAAUGGAAUCUUCCAAGAUGAAUCCAUACUAUGCAUUCAAUCAAUCUUUAAAGAGGAUCAUAGUCAAGUUUGACUCAGCCCCAUUUAUUGAAACCCAUUACUUGACUACUGCUUGUACAGAGAAAACUGUAAUACAUGAAUUACUCUUCUGUACCGGUGAUAAUUUAUAAAACAGUUGACCGUUGGGAUUG